GGUUACGUUACCUUCAUUUUUAACAUAUCUGGGGUAUUAAAUAUGUAUUAUAGUAGAAAGUAGAUUAUAAUUUUGAUAGAUUUUAGGUACUCUAGUCAUACUUUUGAUAUCAGCGUUUGAUCACCUGUUCAGUUCUGUGAUAAUUUAUAUAGUGUAUUUAAGUGUUGUGUAAUUUUGUGUUAAAAAUUUGUCUGCAAGCAAGUGCACGGUGUAAACGAAGGUUAAAAAAUUAUUAUACAUAAAUGCACAUCGGUAUUCAUACAUCAAUAAGUGUAAGUGAUUGAUUCGAGUACAAUAUGUUCGGGGAAUUAUAAAAAUUUAUCGCGAGAUAAGAGUAAAUAAUGUCAAACAUGGAUAGUAAUGUUAUUGACAAUGUUCCUCAAUGGAAAAAAGAUUUGAUCGCUAGACUGAGAAAUCAAAAUAAAUCGUUCAGCAACAGAGAUCACCAAUCUGCCCCCCAUCACUCUCAGCGAACGGUACAACAACCUAACCUAACAGGCAAGAGUGUAUCAGUAGCGUCAGAUGUUUCACGGCAGACUGAUGCACCGGCCGACCAGUGUAACGUGAGUUCGAAAAUGGUGCAAGAACGAGUUUGGGUUGACAAUAAGACUGAUCAUUUCGCCAAAAUGGUGAGCCAAAAUUACGCAAAUAACGGUUAUCACAAGGGCAGCGAUUCCGACUCAUCGGAAGAAUUGCAUUACGGUCCCGGGAUAGUGAAAAAACUUAAAAAUAAAUACCUCAGUCUAGCCCUUCGAGAAAGCAGCAAUCGUCGGUCUCUUCUUCACAUGAGGAAAGCCAUUUCUUCGGAAAAUCUUCUCGACGAAGAUGUCCAAGAAAAUAAAACCACUAACGGUCAUUACGAGUCUCUGUUUAACAACACUAGUGCUAGAAAUGUGCCUCUUCGAUACAGAUCCGCUAACAGACAACCCGACGUUAAAAGGGCUCGGUCUGUGGAAACUAUUUCGCGUUUAGAUAGCCAGACUGACGAUAACAAUGUGGUUACUAAUCGACAAUCGCUUAACGAAGAAACCCUUAUCUCUGUGCAGAAGGAAGGAAAUGACUAUAACUACAGGAAAAUGCAAGAUAAUUCCGAAACAAAACCAGAAAACAAGUUCAGUCAGCGAAUAAAUAGACCGAAGAGACUACAACCAAUUAUGAGUGAAAAGGAAAAGCCUCCCGCGGACGUUGUGAAACAAGCGAAAAUGAUUUUUGAAAGGAGGCCCGAACAACGGACCAAAAAACCUCACCAAACUGGUGACGUAGCUGCCAAAGUGGAUUGCUAUAAUAAUAUUAUAGUAAAAGCUAAAGUGGAAGCUAAAGUUACCAGGAAACCUCCAGUCAAAGGUAACAAACCCGUACUUAAUGAAAAGAAAGUUGUAAAUAAUAGAUCUCCAGUUAAAACGAAUACGAAACAAGAAGAAAAACUGCAUAAAAAACCACUACAGCUCAAUAAAGUGCCUAAAAACGACUUGAAAGAUCUUCCGUUGCUUAGCCCUAUUCCAGACGUAUCCAGAAUUUUACCAGGGGAAUCGGAACGUGGAAAAGCUCAGUCAAAUUUAUCAGAAACUCCAGACUUAAUCCUAACUUCUAGUCCGCUUUCAUCAAUGCAUUCCCCAACUUUCAAACAAUCGACUGAAAACUUCAUAAGAGAGGAAAUUUCUAGUGAACGUAAAUUGAGCAGUCCUUUAUUGAGCCCUAAUAGGGUUAAACCGGCUAGCCCAUUGACUAGUCCAAGUUAUAACAGGUAUUUUAGUCCUUCUUCAAGUCCUACAAAGUUGAAACCAACCACUUUAAACUACGAUGAUGAUGAUGACGAUGCGGAUUCUGGAAUAAAGAAAGUGUCUCCUACUAGCAUUAAUAUGAUUUCUAAAGAAACUGGAAGUGUUGUUUUUAAGUUUGUGAAUAAGGAAGUUAACCAGGAUCAUCUUCCGAUCAACCAAAACGUUUCGGAAACUAAAAUCCCUCCUUCGGAGCCUUUAAAGAUCGAAAUUAACGGUCACAAUGAUACGAAACCUUCUGGUAAUGAGGUUAAAAUUUUACAGACUGAAAAGCCGCGUUCACGUUCGCCACCUAAAUUCACACCUCCGCCGCCGCCUAUCGUUGAAAAACCCGCGGAAAAAAUAUUGACUGUUACUGAAAUCGAAAAGAAUUCCAUAAAUGCAUCCAAGAACAGUAAAUCGCCUAGUGGUUGUAGUGAGAUCGGUAAAAGUGUGGAAGUCGUGAAUAAAAAUGUAGUGCCAAAAAAAGUCGUGAGGCCCAGGGAACCGGUUUCGGAGUCGUCGUUUGUUAUUAACUUUGUGGGGACGAAAAGGGACGUACCUGAUUAUAUUUCGAAUGAUACGUCACGGUCGGCGAGCAAACCAGAAUUGCCCAAGACUGGCGAGGGUGGUAUUAUAUUAAUACCAGGCGCAACUAUUCUAGAAUCUUUCACCGACGAAGACGAGGAACUCCUCCGCUCCUUGGAGGGUCCUCCAAGUCCUUGUGAUGUUACUUUCAUUAACGAUAACAUUCUUAUUGAUGGAAAAUCUAGUCUUAUUCAAAAAUCUAAACGGGCGAAGUUAAAAAUUUCGUUUGUGGAUGCAGGACCAGAUGUGUUCGAAUAUCCGUCAGAGACAUCACUGAUGGUGGACGAUUCACCAAUACUAUCUCCUGUACAACUGGGUCACACAGUUCCUAAUUUAAGUGGAUCGUCUUCUCUAGCGAACUACACGCCGAAAGGCACCGAAAAAUUCCAACCAGGCGUUACGAAAUCGGUACCCCAGAAUGUUCCUAGCCCGCAGAAAUCAGAAGAAACAGACCUCCAGCCAAAAUACGAACUUGAAGAGAUCGAAAAGCCAUUUAGUUCGGGCGGUAGCGCCGAUAUACUUUUUUAAAAAUAUAUUUUUUUAAACAUAUAUUUUGAUGGAAACAAAAUUCAGUAUUUGUACAUUUUAAAUUCCAUAAUACGCAUUCCAGUAUUUGAAGCUAUCACAUCUUUUUUGGAAACAUUUACACUAUUUUGUACAUCAAUGUUUAUAUUAAUAUGUAUGUACGUAUGUUUGAAAACGUCAGUCAUAUUUUAGGUACGUAGAGAUGAAGUUCAAAUAAUGCACUCAAAUAAUAUGAAAAAUAAAAGUGUUUUUUGAAACUUUGCAAAUUUGUUAAGUAUAUUAGUUUAAAAAAAAAAUGUUAAAUUCACGGCCUUUUUUCGUUUGUAAUUCCAUUCUUUAUACUGAAAUGGAUAAAUUUUCAACAUUGAUUUUUAUAAAAAUGUUUUCUUAAUUUUUCAUUGCGUGAUGGAGCAACCAAAAAUUGAAUACGGAUGUUUGUCCACUCUACAUAAAUUUUUAACAAUGUUAAAGUGUUGCAUUGCAUUUAUCAACACCUUCAUAAAUUUCAUAAUUUUAAUUCAAGAAAAUAUUAAAAUCUGGGAAAAAAAUAACAAAAUGUUAAAAAUGAUUAUAAUUCAGUCAGAUUGAAAAAAAAUUAAUUACAAAUUAACAUUUUGUGGUUCAUAAUCUUUAACCAGUAAAAUGCUACAUUACAUUAAAAAAUAUAUAUAAGUAAACAAGAAAAUGUUUUUUAAAAACCUCAAUUUUUAAAGGUACCAUUUCGGUAGGCGCGACAGACGACCGCCGACGCGACUUACGACCGCCGACGCGACCGAGAAGUGGCGCUUCACAUCUAAAAUACAUACAAUUAUAUGAAACAUAUUUCGCACGGCGCGACACGAGAAGUGUCGUCAAGACGGGGUGAUUAGGUUGGAAAUUUCUUUCGAUCUAGGCAGCGUUGCCAGAUUUUGGAACAGUAUGGGUAAAAAAAAAACGUAGAUCUGAACAGUAGAUUUUAAUACAGGGGAAAUAAUUAUAAUUUGCAGUGUAGUAAAUAAAAAAACAAGUAUAUAAGAAACGAAAAAUAAACUUUUUUCUACCGAAAUUAGAAAGUAAACAAAGAAUAAAAACAAAUAAAAACAUUUUUAUUAUAUACUUAACGUACAGGAAAAAAGAACAAUGAAAAAUAAUAAGUACCUACUUCUUUUAGAUCAGUCUAAAUCAGAUAAUUCAAAAUCGUAGUGUUUGGCAUAUGCAUGUUCUGUUUAUGAUGCCCUAUUAAUUCUUUGUUUCAUUUUAAAUAAAAACAAUGAUUAUCUUGAUGUUUUUUUUAUGGAGCCAACCUACAGUAGUGGAUGCUUAUUACGCUGCUUUUACUGCAGAAAAUUUACUAGAGAAAAUAUUCUUUAACCAUUUCCUGAAGAAUGAGGCAAACUUAAUAAAUUAAGAACAAAAUUUACUAGAGACAAAAACACUGGAUCUACGUAAAAACAGUAGGUCUGGCAACGCUGAUCGUUCCCUCGAAUGGUUAUUUGCAAGUGUCGCGCGACACUUCUCUAAGCUUCCGAAAUGUACGGAGCGUAACAUUUAUGCAUCUGUCGUCCUACGGGUCGCCUCAGUGGUCUCCUGUCUCCUGACGCGGCUACCGAAAUGGUACCUUAAUCGUUCUAAGAUAGAAUUUAAUAUUAAAUAUUUUGCUACAAUUUAACUAAAAUUGUUAAAAACAACUUUAUUAUGUAAAAAAAUGAUUCGAUUUCUCAUUUUAUUAUUCAAUAUUUUGGUAUUUUAUCAAUUCUUAAAAAUAACUUUAUUAUGUAACAAAAUUGAUUUUAUUUCUCAGAGAAUUUAUAUUGAAUAUUUUGGUAUUUUAUCAGUUAUUAAAAAAAAUAAUAAUAACUUUUUAAAUAUAUUUUUAUUACUAGUUACGUUUAACUAGUUUUUCCUAUGUAUAUUGGGAAAUAUCAAAUGAAUAUAUACACAGUAUAUGGUUCGGAUUUAAUUUUCCUUAACUAGGGUCCCGUAAAACCUUUAUUGAUAAAAGAUCAUUUGACUAUUUUAGAAACUAGUUUAGUAAGGUGGGGAUUGUGGCUUUCCCCCCACAUCACUUAGACCUCCCUAGACUCAUUGUGCAUCCCCCAGGAGUUGCCUCUCAGCUCAUGUUAAUAACGUCGCUCUAUAUAGUGGGCUUCUACUACCCCUAUGGUAAAUGGCAGGGUGUAGCUAUUAUGUACGUCCGAUCCACGAGAAAUUUAUUUUUUUAGUGUUACUAAUAAAUCUAAAUUUCCACUGCUCAUUUCAAAGAAACGUACGUAAAAAUCCAAUUUUAUUUAGAAAUUUAUUUUCAUAUAUUGUAGCCUUAUAAAUUAACUCACUGUGUUUUCAAAAAAGGUGAUAUUUCAAAGAUGUGCCACUAUUGUUGAAUCCAAGUGACACAGUUUUUAUAAAAACACGAUUAUUAACUAUACUGGCACAUUUUACGAAAUUGGUCGAAAAUAGAGCCUACAGUGUCAUAACUCAAAAUAAGUCACUAAUGUUUAAACAAAGCGUUACUAUAUUUCUCACACAUUAUAACACGAAUCCAACACAGUAGAGAUAUAAUCCUUCUAAAAAUAUGCCAAUCUUUUUGAAACACAAGGGUGAGUAAUUUAUUAAAUUAAAGUAGAAAAACAGCAUAUUUAAAAAAUCGUUUAACAUCUAAAAAAAUAUUAUAAAUUAAUUAUUUAUAUACAAUAUUGGCAAUCGAAGAUCUACUAAUGCCCAUUGACACAAGUGUAUGUGAAAACUACAGAGAGCCAGGCAGUAGGACAAGCAGGAAAUGCACAAUACCAGUGAUGCCAGCCUAUAAAGCCUGGGCUACAUUUUAACGAGGUCACUUCGUAUAAAUAGCAACGUUGACAUUGUUCCUUUUUCGCUUGCUCCAAUGCCUACUCUCUGUAGCUUUCACACGCACUUGUGCAUCGCGUAUUGGAAGAAAUUCUUUGGCCGACACCAUAUGGUUAUAUAAGUGUGUGUAAUCGACACUUUAUAUCCUGUAUGUCGUAAUAUGUCCCAAACAAGUACAAUAACACAUGUACAAAAUAAUAUACUUCCGAUAUCACAUAGAGUAAAAAGUUAUACAAUGUUGUCCUAAACAUUAUAUACAUACAGUAGGGGUAAUUAUUUGACUGUCAUUAUUAAAAGUUCAUAUAAUCAUCGAUCCGCAAACGCUUCGUUACCAAUCUACAGGGUGUUGAAAUUUCAAGAUGUUCUUUGUUUUUUCUUAAAUUUAUAAACACAUGCAAACAAAAGUUAUGAAUUCAUAUGAGUACUAAUUCAUUAAAACAAGAAAUUAUCCACAAUAAAUCCAAAGUCUACUAGAUCAUUUUAAAAAUUUUACUUUCACUUUUACGGAAAAUAGUUUUUUUUAUUUUUUUUUUUUUUUUCGGUAACGGUUGGCAAAUAUAUAAAAAUUACAUAUUUCUAAACAAAAGAGAAACAUCAUUUGAUAUUUUAUAAUCUCCCAGUGACGUACCGCAAAAAAGUUAAUGGGAAGAAAAGGCGACAAUACCCUCGAAAAAAUAUCAUCCUGUAGAGUCUCGAUUCUCAUAAACAUUUGACAUGCUUAAUGAUGAAAGCUUUACAGCGUAAACUAGAUUCCAAAUUUGAGCUAAAUAUCUCAUAAAAUGGCAGAAGCUAUUAAAAAAAAUUCAAAAAAUCUUGAAAUUUCAACAUUUUGUAAAUCGGUAACGAAGCGUUUGUGGACGUAUGUUUGUAGGAAUUUUUAGUCUUGAAAAGGGCCUUCCAUUCAUGUUUAGGACCACCUUGUAUACAAAAAUUACCUUUUUAUAAAAUUCUCUGUAGAGAUAAUUAAAUAAUAAGAAAGAAAUAGCAAUUUUUUUUAUAUUUCAACCUUAUACAGUGUGUCUACUUAAGUUGGAACCAUAUGGAAAACAUUUUUAUUAUUGAUUUUAGGAAAAAAAGUUAUUCUUGAUAAAAAGUCCUGCAUGACCCAAAACCAAAACCUAAAAUACAGUCAUCACAUAUCAAAUUUUUCAAGCCGUAUACGAGGUUUGUUAAAAAAUAUGAAUUUUACUCAAGAGUAAAGUACGUUUAUUGUUGACAAAAUCGAAAAUUUUCAUUAAGAAAAGUUGAUUAGAAUUGAAUAUUACAUUCAAAUAUGCAAUUACACCGAUCUAUCUGAAAAAACAGAUUUUCUUAUUUUCUAUAAACUCUACACUCUACACAUUGAUUGUAAAUAUCUGAAAACGUUAUAAAUUACGUUAGCUACAUAAACAUGAUACGCUUUCCUUUGGUUGAUGUUUGUGAAGAAUUUAGCAAAUUUCUUAAUGAAAAUUUUCGAUUUUGUAAAAAAUAAACGUACUUUACUCUUGAGCAAAAUUCAUAUUUUUUGACAAACCUCGUAUACGGCUUGAAAAAUUUGAUAUCUGAUGACUGUAUUUUAAGUUUUGGGUCAUGCAGGACUUUUUAUCAAGAAUAACUUUUUUUCCUAAAAUCAAUAAUAAAAAUGUUUUCCAUAUGGUUCCAACUUAAGUAGACACACUGUAUAACUUUUUGCUCUUCCUGUAUAUGAUGCCCGAAGUAUAUUUUUUUGUUAAUGUGAUGAUGUACAGGAUGUACUUGUUUGGGAUAUAUUACGAUAUACAGUGGACGAUAUUGUAAUAGCAACUUUUUGGCUCAUCCUGUAUACGUGUAUUUUUCUGUAAUAAUAAAAAGUGUAAUUUACACACACUUGUCUAACUAAAUAUAAAUAAUCUAUAUAUAAUCAUUAUUUUAGGAGUUAAACGAUUUUUUAUAAAUGUAAUUUUUCUACUCAAAUUUCUAAAAUUAUUCACCCUAUACAGUUGUUUUCCAAAAAGGUUGGUUUGUAUUUUGGUAGUCAUAAAUAUCUUGAGUAGCCAAACCAUAACUUUUAAUAUUUAUGAAUAUCAGCAAAAUAACGUUUACAUCAUAAAGUAUUUUUUAAAUUUUAUAAAAUUUCAUAAGUUCAACACCCUGUAUCUCAAAAACUAGUCAUAAGAGGAUUUUGUGCCAAUGGACACUUUUAAUAAGGAGAUCAAAAGAUUCAAUAUUUAUAAAAAUUCAGAAGAUUCAACUGAAAGUCAUUUUCAUAAAAAGAAAGUAUUUAAAGAUGGUCCAACUAGAAAAUGAUCAACAAAAUUGCAAUUUUUAGAAAUUUUUGUUAAACCAGCCCUUAAAUUUCAAUUUGAUAAUAAACUAGAUCUGAAAAUACACCAUAAAAAUGUGACGUAAUGUUGGUGCCACUAACAGUUAAUUUUAACCAAACAAUAUUUAACAUAUACGUUCUUACCAGGGCCAACAAGAGGGGACUAAUUCCGGGGACCCGGGCUCAAAUGGGGGCCCGGCAGCGGUAUAAGGGGCGCCCGGCAACUGUGGCGAAGGAAUUUUUUUUAUACUUUCAGAAGUUCGGCACAAGAGCGAGGAAGUUUUGGUUUGAAGACCUUUUUUUUGGUUACUAAAUGAUUAUAUACUUGUUUAAAACCAAUAAUUUUGGUAAACAAAGCAAACAAAACACUCAAAAAAAUACUGUCACUGUAAUUGUCAGUGAAACCAAAAUUACGUCAUCACUAAUUUAGCAUAUAUCGACUUUUUUCUUUUUUGACACACCCUUUAGGUUUGCUACUUUACGAUACCACUGUUAAGAAAAUUAGACCGAACCAACCCUAUACUGGUUCUUUUAUCAUCUUUCAACAUUGCUAUAUUCUAUACAUUUUUUUAUGUUUUUUUAACAAUUUAACGGGCAACACGCUGGGACCUUCUUAAUCAACAUGUUUGUUACAUGCUUAAUCUUAUAAAAUCAUACGUAGCUUUUUGAAAAUUAGUGGUAUAUAUUUGUACCACCACUAUUUUUUGUUUCGAAAUGCCUUAUUUUGUGUAAGGAGUAAAUAUUUACGAAUUACCCAAAACGGCAUUUCAUAACGUGUUACAUACAAGAUUUUUUUCUAAUUUUGACUUGAUUAUUUAUAAAAUUGUGUUUGGUUAAAAAAUGAUUCACCAUCAUUCUUUUGUAGGUACUUCCAAUCAAAUAUUUCAGAAAAUUGUUGUGUUUGAUUAAUCUACGUUUUUUUUUUUUUUCAAUAGUAAUAAUAAAAAUAAGGAACAUGUGCAGUGUUGCCAAUCUGAUUUUUGACAUUGCCCACAGGAAAUAAAAAAAACGUUUUUACCCGUUAUCCUUAAAGGAGUACAUCAAAAUUUUACCCUCAACAUUUCUGGGCAGUUUUCAAUAAUUUAAAAAAUAAAACGCAAUUUACAGCUUUUAUUUUUGUUUUCUUUUUUGUUGUUAAACGAAUGUCAAAUGUGAAAUGCCACUAUUCAUUGCCUUUUUCGAUUUAAAAACCAAAAAAGAUGCAUUUUUUAUUUUUAUUUCGUAACUGGUGACAUAAUCAACUUUUCGUAAUCAGUUACAUAAUGUUCUACGUUGUCGAGAUAACAGUUGUCUCAAAAAAUAUAAAAUCUCUAGAGCAUUGCUGGUACAAAUACGUUUUACAUUUUGACAGUUAACUUGAACUAUGGAUCAUCAGAUGAAGGAUAAAGCUUAGUGAAAUCAAAAGCCCAACCUUGAUCAAAAUAGAAAUUGGAGAAUGUUUCUGUCAAAUACGACGGGGAUCUGCAUUGGGAUUCUCAUCUUUUAAUACGGCACGUGUUGAGACUACUAUCUUCGUUCCACAGAAUGCAAUUCGUAUGUAAUGUCUCUAUUCAAUUCGUUACGUGUUGGGUAUGCAAUAAGAAUCCCUGUCCAGUAUUUGGUAUAUAUACAGUAUCUGCUAUUGAAAACCUUCUAAUAUGGUUUACUAGUGUCAAAGCGAAAUCUACUGAGACUUCGCGUUAGUUCAAGAAGGAAAAGAAUAUUAUAAAUGUUGCCAACGCCCGGCGCGUGGGGAUAUAAUAUGUCGUUGUGUGCCUAUUCGUAAUUCACACAGCUCAAAUAGACGGCAUAUGCACACAGACGGUCAACAGUCACGAUACACAUAUCGUGCACCGAGAAUUAUCGCCACGUAGCCAGGCGGCCGUUGUUAUUUUAAUUUCCUGCUGGCACUAAUGCUAACUCUGUAGUUUUCGCUUCGAUACUAGCAAACCUUUCUUGUAAGGUUUUAAAUGACCAAUCCUGUAUGUACCAGCACCAAUUAAAUGGUUAAAUAAAGUAUCUUUGGCAAAAAAAAAACAAAAACGGCAUUUUUGUUAUCUGUACUCUCGGAAAUGAAAAUAUAGGCUGUAGUUCUUUUUCGGUCAUUGUAAUGUUUUCGAAAAUAUUGAAACUUUUCUCCCAUUUGUCUUCGUAUUUGUUAUGGUUAGACUAUAGCAAUUCUGGAACGUAAUAAAAGAAACGGGCCGUAUACGUACAAAGUAAUGUACUACAGAAUUAUUAAUUUAUGAAAUUAAUUGGUAUAUUUUUACUGAUAAUUAAUAUUAUUUACUCAUCCCUAAAAUUUGACUCGACAUGUAUGUAAUAAUAUCGAACUGCUUUAAUAUUUUAUUAAGUACUUUUUAUCUAGGUGUAAGAAUAUAGUGUUUAAGCGAAAAUAAUAUUGUACUGAUUCAGUGAAAUUAUUCCCAUUGUAUAUUUAUUUUUUCUUCGUUUUACUGUUAGUUUUAUUACGUUUAUUUUUAUUUAUAAUCUGUGAUUUUGAAAAUUUGUGAGGACCAACAAAUCUGUGUUUGUCCAGAUUGCUUCUUUUUAAUGUAGCUUGCUUGUAUUUGAUUUAAUUAUACACUAUUUACAAAAUGCUCUGCCAUUUUUUUUGCUUUUCAUUAUUAAAUACGUCAGUGAUUCAAAAUCUGUUCCAGAUAGAAUGAAGACAUUCAA